UUUCAUCAAAAACUGACAACACAGUAAACGUCAGUUGACUUCGUCUAAUAAGAAAUCCGACUAUAUGUACAAAUGCAAUUUGAAUUUUUUUUAUUCAAUUUAAAUUUUAAAUAAGCAGCCCUAUAUAGAUAGUGAAACCCUCUCGAAAAGUGGAAAAACUAAAAAAAACCCUGCGUAUUUCUAAACUAUUGUAAAGUGAGGUAAACUAAUAUCAUGCAAAAUUUAACAUGUCUCUUGUAAAUUAACAGGUCGAGUGAAAACUGAAAUUGCGACAAUGUUGGGACAUAAAAUUAAUCCAAACAAAAUAAAAAACGUGUGUACACUAUUACGAAGAGUAAACACUUUAAAACACCUGUGUAACAACAAUAGAACAAUUAACUCAUUUAUUAAACGAAAUGAAAAUGUAACCUCUAAUAUACCGUUUUGCCGACGCGCACAUAAUAUUAAAAAUAAACAUAAAAUUGACGAUGGACGAUUAAUAAUUAAUGGAUUCACGAUUAGAACUCAUACAUGCGGAGAAUUGAGACCUAAGAAUGUCGGUGAAAGAGUCGUCAUAUGCGGCUGGGUGCAGUAUUCACGUCUGUCCAAAUUUUUACUGCUUCGAGACGCCUAUGGACUCACACAAUGCAUUGUUGGUAGUGACGAUACUGAUUUAUCCAGCUUACAACUAGAAUCUGUAGUACAAAUUGAAGGCAUGGUUUCCAUAAGGCCCAGAGACACAGUGAACCAUGAAAUGGCUACCGGUGAAAUUGAGGUCACCAUAAUAAAGUUAAAAGUUUUAAAUCCAUCAGAAAAAGUAGCAUUCAACUUAAGAAACUAUCAGAAACCAAAAGAACAAUUGAGAAUGCAACAUCGAUACAUUGCUUUAAGAUUUCCCGAGAUGCAAAAUAAUUUAAGAACUAGAUCACAGAUGCUGCAUAAGAUGCGGAGAUUUCUAGUGGAAAAUUAUGGGUUUAUCGAAGUUGAGACUCCGACACUUUUCUGCAGGACACCAGGUGGUGCUAGAGAAUUUGUUGUCCCCACUCGUCAUAAAGGAUUGUUCUAUUCUUUAGUCCAAAGUCCUCAACAAUUCAAACAAAUGCUUAUGUCUGGUGGAAUAGACCGGUAUUUCCAAGUAGCCAGGUGCUACAGAGACGAGACCACUCGUCCAGACCGUCAACCAGAAUUUACUCAGUUGGAUAUUGAACUAUCUUUUACCACUCUAGAAGGAGUUCUAACAUUGAUUGAAGAGAUGCUAUAUGAUACUUUUACGAAACCAUUACCAAGACCUCCAUUUAAUAGAAUUACAUAUAAAGAAGCACUGGAAAAUUAUGGAAGUGAUAAACCAAAUUUACUGUAUGAUUUGAAAUUUAUAAACAUCAAACAUUUAUUUGACAAAAAAGAAAAUGACAACUUUGGUGCUUUCCUGCUGCCUUACCCCAGUGAGAUGGGGAAGCUUACCACCAAAUAUAAAGAGAAAGUAAAGGAUAUAGCAAAAAAAUAUAAUGCAAAGGUUGUGUUUAAUGAAAAUAUAUCAAAGGAAUAUACAAGUGAUCUACAAGAGAGAAUACAAGAUGCCAUUGGUCAGAAUCGUGCUGCAAUUAUAUCUAUAAGUGAAGACACCGAAAAUGCCUGCCUAUGUUUAGGAGAAAUUAAAGAUAUGAUAAUAUCAGUAUUGAAAUCUAAGGAGCUGCUAAAAGUUAAUGACAAUGUUGCACCUCUGUGGGUGAUCGACUUCCCGUUAUUUGUGAAAGGGGAUGAUGGACUUCAACCAUGCCAUCAUCCCUUUACAGCGCCUCAUCCGGAUGACCUACAUUUAUUAGAAACGGAGCCAUUGAAAGUUCGGUCAUUAGCAUAUGAUUUAGUGAUGAAUGGUAAUGAAAUAGGAGGUGGUUCAGUCCGAAUACACAGUCCGCAUUUACAAGUUAAAAUUAUGAAGAUGUUGAACAUAGAUCCAGAGAAAUUGAGGCAUUUUGUGAAUGCAUUAAGUAGUGGCUGUCCUCCUCAUGCCGGCAUUGCUCUUGGUAUUGACAGGCUAAUGGCAAUUGUCUGUGAUGCAGAGUCUAUAAGAGACGUGAUUGCAUUCCCCAAGUCUCAUGAUGGCCGUGACCCUCUGUCAGGUGCACCUAAUGUUUUAUCACAUAGUGAUAGAAAUUAUUAUCAUUUAAAUCAUAUUAAAUGAAAGAUUAAUAUUAUAAAUGUUUUUUAUAAGAUAUACAUGUGUAGAUAUUAAAUACCCACACAAAGACCAAACAAACCUGUUUGUCACACGAAGAUUUACCAGAUGUGGGAAUUGAACCCAGUCGGCAACUAGGUCUGGCAUUCAACAGUGCUAACCACUACACCGACACGAGUCAGGUAAAUGAGAAAAUGCCAAAAGUGAAAAAUGUUAAUUAGAUGAAGUAGAUGUAAUAUGAAUUAAAUGAAUCAAACAUAAUUGAAUACAAUAUCGAAAAGUAUUUUUAAUAUGCUUUUAUUAGCUUCAGACGUAUGUAUGUUAGUAUUGUAACAGAAUCUUUGAACAUGAUUUUGACCCCCUUCAAAACGUCGGAUUAACUCAAAAUUUGGUAUACUUAUUAAGGAUGAUGACAAUACAAUAUUUAAAAAAAAUUUGAAAAAGUUGAAAUUCAACUAAAAAAUUAAAAUUAAAUAUGUAAUAGUUAAAAACUAAAAAAUACGCUUUUAUAGAAAAUUCAACAAAAUAAUGGAAAAUAAAUAAUAGUUUAAAAAAACUAAAAAAAUGUGUUUCAGGAUAUUACCAAAAACUAUUUUUUAUUUUGUAGCCCUUAACUGGGUAAACGUGCUUAGACCCCAAAUGUUGUUAAGUGAUAAUUGAAUGUUAUAAACACAACAUAAAUAGAGGUGGCGUCAAACUAGAUGUUUAUCAUUCUACCUUUAAAACCGAAAUGUUAUAGUUCGUAUUGUGUUGCUCUAUUUUUUAUAUUUUUUGUUUGUAAACUAAAUCAGAAAUUUCUCUUCGUAUCCAUUGUUCACUUUCUACACGGAAUAGAUAAAUAAGGUAUCUUAUUUAUCUAUUCUGUGAUUUUCUACCUAUAUUAUGUGAUUUUGAUGGUGGAAACUUAUUUGAUUAUUGUUUAAGCUAUUUUUUAAUAUAUGUUUGUUUUAUACUGUUGGUUUCCCAAAUAAAUAAAUAUAAAUAAA